UCUGUCUCUCUAAACAAUAAAAUGAACUCCUUAAUGAAACUCUUGGCCUCGCUGUUACUGAUUAUUUUUUCUUCCCUCCUCUUUGGAGAUAUCGAUGUAGUUGAGAGUUCAAAUCAGAAUCAUCGCUUUUCCGGUCGAAAUAAAUUGUUUGUGUUUGGAGAUUCUUAUGUCGAUACUGGAAACACAAAGACUACUGAUAAGGGGGCAUGGGAAUUCCCUUACGGUAUCACUUACCCGGGUAAACCCUCUGGCAGGUUCUCGGACGGCCACAUCUCCACCGAUUUUCUAGCCCAAUUGCUAAGGAUAAAGUUACCUGUGACCUACAAAGAGAAAGAUGACGUGGAUAAGACACGGUUACAGUACGGAAUGAGUUUUGCAUACGGAGGAACAGGAGUGUUCGACACUAAGGUUAAAUAUCCUAACAUGACCGGUCAGAUCAAUCUCUUCGAGAAACUCCUCGGCAAUGUCUACUCUCCAUCCGACCUUUCUUCGUCCGUCGCUCUCGUCAGUGUUGCUGGCAACGACUACAUUACUUUCGUUCUCGCGCAUCUUGAUGACCCUCUCGGAUUAUUAUUUGGGUUGAAAUCAUUCAUCGAGAAAGUUGUGAAUCAAAUCGAGGUGGAUUUGAGGCGUAUCCGUACCUUGGGAGUAAAGAAGAUAGCAAUACCAUCACUGACACCGCUCGCGUACACCCCGGUGCUUGCAAACCUCCCUGAAUCUAUCAAAGGCAUUGUACAGGAUAAUGUAAAAUACCACAACGACUUGUUGCAGAAAUCAGUCGCCAAGCUUAACAAUGAGAGCAAUGAUAUUGAUUCGGCUUUUACCAUCAUAGAUUACUACAAUACCUUCUUGACUGUCUUCAACAACACAGGGGGAAUCCCAGGGAUUCUGACGUUUAAAACCCCAUUCAUAGCAUGUUAUAAAAUCGACUUGAAUGAUAUCAAGAAUUCUACGUUAUGUGAUGAUCCUAAGUCUGCUUUCUUCUGGGAUCCAAUUCACCCUACCCAAGAAGGAUGGAAAUCAGUUUACAAGGUUUUAAGAAAUAAUAUCACCACAGCUUUGCUGCCUAAAGCGUAAAACCACUUAUCAGGAUCGAAAAUAAUAAAACGUAUUUGAAAUGUAUUGUGUGGCAUCUCUCGGUCUCUUGUGUGAACGAAUAAAGACCUUUGGCUAAUAAAACGUAUUUGAAAAGUA